UCCUAGUGCUGGGGAGGAGCAGCAGGGGCAGAAUCAGCCUCGAUUAACGCGAUUCUGCUACCGAAGGCAAGCACGCUCGACGGCUCCGCCAGAAGGAUCCCGGGAAGGAGCAGAAGCUCCCGGGACCGGACAGAAAGCAGCGACAUGGAUGAUUUCCGCUCCAUCUGCCUGCUGUCUCUGGCCAUGCUGGUCGCCUGCUAUGUGGCAGGAAUUAUCCCCUUGGCAGUUAAUUUUUCCGAGGAAAGAUUAAAAUUGGUGACUGUUCUGGGUGCUGGGCUGCUGUGUGGAACUGCCUUGGCUGUUAUUGUGCCUGAAGGAGUACAUGCACUUUAUGAAGACAUUUUGGAGGGGAAGCAUCACCCAGUGAGUGAGAUGCAGCAUGUGAUGGAGUCUGAGAAGGUAGCAGAAAUUUCAGCUGCACAUGAGUAUGGCCAUGACCAUUCCAGGUUGCAUGCCUACAUUGGUGUGUCACUUGUCCUGGGCUUUGUCUUCAUGCUGUUGGUGGAUCAGCUAGGUAGCUCUCAUGUGCACUCUACAGAUGAUCCAGAAGCUGCAAGAUCAGGCAACUCCAAAAUCACAACAACGCUGGGUCUAGUAGUCCAUGCUGCAGCUGAUGGUGUUGCCUUGGGUGCAGCAGCUUCUACUUCUCAGACUAGUGUCCAGUUAAUAGUGUUUGUUGCUAUUAUGUUGCACAAGGCACCAGCUGCCUUUGGCCUUGUUUCCUUCCUGAUGCACGCUGGGCUGGAACGGAAUCGAAUUAGAAAACACUUGCUGGUUUUUGCAUUGGCAGCACCUGUUAUGUCCAUGGUGACAUACUUAGGCCUAAGCAAGAGCAGUAAAGAAGCCCUUUCAGAAGUGAAUGCCACCGGAGUUGCUAUGCUGUUUUCUGCUGGGACUUUUCUUUACGUUGCCACAGUUCAUGUCCUCCCAGAAGUAGGAGGAAUUGCUCAUAGCCACAAACCUGAAUCAGCUGGAGGAAAAGGACUCAGUCGUCUGGAGGUGGCCGCCCUAGUAUUAGGAUGCCUUAUUCCUCUAGUUUUGUCUAUUGGACACCAUCACUAAAUACUGAAAUUUCACUGUUCCUCCUCCUCAGUCUGACAUGAGCAGUGAAUGUCAGCUGCUCCCUUUAUCAUUGUCUCUUACCCAUCAUCCAUCCCAUCUACUUUAUGGAGUUCAGAGGGAAUCUUGGUUGCAAAAUGAAGAAUACUGGGCAAGUUUUUAGUGUAGCAAAAUGUACUUUGGCAGCCGGACAUAAAUUCUAUGUAACUUUCUUUUCUGAAGACAUUUGCUAUUUUAAUUGUUACUUCUGGCCCUAUUCUCAGGGAAGAUGGAAUUUGGAGCUUAAGAAAAACGAGCAGGGGGGAACGUAGCGACUCAUCAUGAAAUUGCAAUCACUGAAGUAUCCUGCAAUUCAUCUUUCAGAGCUGAGAGCAAAAUCAAAGGAAGGCUGCUUUGGGAGCAGUUGAAGUCUUGCUAAGGAAGAAGGGGGCUCUCCCCUGUCUGUUCUGUGUUUUCCUGACAACUCAACCAGUCCUUGUGGUGUUUGUCACUAAGUGUAUUCCAAAAAUGGGCUGCGCUCUGGACAACGUUGCUAUUGUCACACAAGUGUCACUGACAGGAAAUAAAUUAUGUAGACAAAGUUUAGGAUUAGAGUAGGAAAUCAGCUGGCUUAAGAAAGUGCAAAUGAAUUUUGCAGUGUAUUCCAUUAUUUAAGACAGAGGCUAAAAGCAAAGAGAAUGGUGUUUUGAUUGUUUAUGUGAUUGUUAAUAAAUUUUAAGAGGCAGUAUUUCUUGGGAGAUGGUCUUCUGCCAGGUCAGUAAACAGUAGGCACCAAAAAUGUUAGCAGGAAUUAGGUAAUGGAUACUGUGAUUACACUACUGCUACUGUUGAGAGAGAUGCCUGUAGUGUCCUCUAAAAUCAAGCUGUUCUGGGUUCUGAGGAGUAGAAAUCUGAUGGAGACAGCUGCUGAGGGACCAGUGAACUUCACUAGCUCAUUUUGAGAAAUCAAAACUGCUGAAAUCAGUGGGGGAAUGUGGUUUUUUUUCAUUAAAUAAGAGCUAUUAAGGCUAACAAAGCAAGAUGUUUAGUUAAAUGUUUAUACUACAGAUAGAGCACAGAGUGUAUCAAAAGCGGUUCUGAACAACAACAAAAAAACAAUCAACAAACAAAACCCCAAACAGGUGGAUUCCAUUAGGCAUUCUCCUCGUCCUUUGGGAAUUGUACCUUUACCUCUUACCCAUAAGCAUUAGUUUUGGUGAAUCUGCAGGAGGGCUUAUUGCCAACUGAUACGGAACUUUCACAGGCACAACCUUCUGUGCCUUUCACAGGCACAGCCUUCUCUAGUCACCAUUCCUCUUAUGCAAAAUAUAUUAGACUCUAAUAACUGUAGUGCUUGGAAAGUCAGGAAUGCUUGACGUGCACAGACUCAACGGAAAAUUCUUUCCUUAGGGGAAAACCUUUUAAUGUUGUACCCUUUUUAAGCUAUACUCUGUCUGCACUUUUGAAAUAAUACAUAGCCAAAUAUAUUUUUCUUUUGAUUUUUUUUUUUUUUGGUUUGAAAUGGAUUUUCAAGGCUUGAAAUAUCUUCUUAACGGAAGUGCUUCUUGAUCCUUUUGGAUGAUUAUGUCUAAUUUUCAUGCUAUUUAUUACUUAUACUACACAGGUCAUUGUGCCUCUUAACUUCUUUACAUUUUUGUCAUUCAUUGUUCUGUGUGUUUACUAGUUCAGUACUGUGUCUGGCCUGGCCCUUGCACUGGGUUUCUGUGGGGUUUGUAACAAUACAGGUGUGUCCCAGCAUUGAACCAAGUAUUGAUCUCCAGGAGCACUUGUUCAUUUCUCUGGUUUACUGUACAAAAUCAAUGCAAAAUCAUUAGAACAUUUUUUCCCACAGGUCAGUAUUUUUGGUAGAAUUAGUGCAUCAGACUUUUUUUACAUUAGACCUUAAAAUGUUCAUUCUUUUCUAAAAAGCCAUGGCAAAAUUACUGACAUGGAUGAGAUCUUCUCCUGAAUGUUCUUAAACCUCUUGGGUUUUUUUUUUUUUGUUUUUGUUGUUUUGUUUAGUUUUUGUUUUUUUGUUUUUUUGGUUUGGUUUUUUUUUUGGUUUUUUUUUUCUUGUAGAGCAUACAUAUGCAACUGGUAAGUUACCUUUUUGCAAACUUCCAUGGUACAGGUUACUGAUGCACAUGAAUGAUACAUGGGGAUGUUUACACCAAAGCUCCCAGUGUUCUUUCAGAUUGCAUUCUCAUUUCUUUCUUCCUUGAUAAUGUCACUAUUUUACCUUGUGUAAUCUUUCCACAUAAAUGUUUCCAAAGGCUGUAGAGAUCUGCAAGAUCUGCAGCAGAAGCAGGAGGUGGUUUAGUGCAGCACCAGACACUUACAUUUUGUAAGGCAGUGAGGUUUUUCUGUAUUAUCUGUCACUUGCAGGUGCACCCCACCCCACCCCACUGGUUGAACUGGCAUCCUGACUGUUCCACUUCAUCCUCAUUUUGUAUAUAACAGUUAGGGUUUUGAGGAGGUGUACAGUUAUGGUCCCAUUUCAUUCCUUUUGAUCUGGUGUUGGAGUAUGUGGAUAGUACCUUCAUGUAUAUGGAUCAGCAUAUAUUUGAGGAUGUGGCAGUCAGCCUUGUCAUUGCUGGCAUAACCUCUGGCCUAUAAGUCAUAAGAGGUGUCACUGCUAAGUGAUCUUGUAGUCUCUCUUUUUUCCUGUCCCUCAGAUCAUGUUUUGAGUUUCUGGGGCAGCCACCUGAAACGGUAAUACACAGUUUAACAAUUUAUAAACCAUAGAGACCAAGUUAUAGCAGCAGGUGAGGGAUUUUAAAUGAAAACAUUAGGAACUUAAAAUUGGCACAAAAAUUCUGAUAGCAUAUAGUUUUCAUUUUGGCACACAAGUGACAGAAGACUUCUAUGGUGUAUUUUUUUUCCCUACCCAUUUAGCAGUAGCAACAGCAUUUUCUUUCAGCUGCCUCUUAUUUCUCAGUUGAACUAUUAUUUUCAAUUCUGUAGCUGAAACUGCAGCAACUAAGGAAGCUUUUGGCUAUGUGCUAAGGAGAAUACAAAAUUUUAAAUGAUCAAACCUUUCAGAAUUUUUAGUUCCACACGGUAGAUUAUUUUCUUGAAGCAAAGCAAUGAGUUGAGUGAUAGGGUCCAUUUUAUAGACCCCUUUUUACGUGUCUCUCCAUCUGUCACAGUAAAUCCAAGCACUGGUCAUGGCCAUCUGGUAUCGUUUUCUACUCCUCAGGGGACCUUGGUGCAAACAAUUCCUCUGCAACAGCCAUCUCUGCCUAUGUUUUCUGCUUUGAGGUAGGUGACAGCAAGUCUAGCAGUAAUGCUUUAACCAAGUGCCAGGCAUAUCCCCCUUCUGUAAAUCCCUCUAGGAAAUAGGUAAUUGUCUCAUCAACUCUUUUCCAGUUUAUGAUUUCUUAAGUGGCAACAGGAAUGGGAGUAAAGUUGUUUGCAUUGAUACUGGUGUGUUCAGGUACUUUCCCUACUUCUCUAAUUAUUUUAUUGUUCCUUAUAUAAAGAAGGGAAGUACUUCUUUUUCUUUGCCUGAUGACAGAUGCAGAAGCUGCACUGACAUUAACUGAAGUAAUGAUGGCAGAGCUGUCACACCAAGACAGAUUUUUGAGAGUUGUGGCACGUCUGAUGGCCCAGCUGUUAAACACAGACACCUGACUUUAAGGAGCCAUUUCCAGGUGGGUUGUGUUAAAGGUUUAUGUUAUCCAAGAGACCCCGGAAAACUGCUGUGUUUAUUCAUGAACUAGUUCAGAGCCUCCAGGGAGCUUUUGGCAGUAGCAGCUGUGUCUUUGUAUCAGCUCUAUGUGGUAUGAGGGAGAGAUGCUGUGCAAUAAAUGUUCUUGCUGCUCCCUUUCCUGUUCUUUGCUGGGACUUGGGAAGAAGAGUAGGGAACUGUAUUUGUAUUCUUCCAGAGGUAGAAGGAGAGGAGGAGUGGUUGCAAUGUGGUGGAAAGGUUUAUGAUGAAUUUCACAUUCUUUAUGAUGGAUUUCAGAUUCCUGUUCACCUCAGACUUUUAAAAAUAAAAUUAUUUUUGUCCUUACUGUCCUUUUAUGACAUUUCUUAUCAGCCUUGGCUUUCCAGGGAAAUACAUUGUGUGGUCAUUACUGUUUACCUGACACCAUGUAUGGAACUGUAAUUUUAAUGUCUUUUUCCAAACCAUUUGUACACAAAAUCAUUCCAUGAAUGGCUGCCUUAUAAUUUUUCCACUUUAAUUGUGAAUGGUUAAAAUAAUGUUGCUGUUUUCAAUUUGUUUUAUUAUAUUAAAUUUUUACUAGGUGCAGUGC